GCUAAUAUAACGAGCGUAACCCAACAUUUAUAAAUACUUGGGCUUUUGAGAGUGUUAUAAUAGCAAUAGCAUUCGAUUCUCUGCGAUUUAUUUUCUUUUUUAAACAUGGCACCGGCUUUGUACUCUAUACAGACUAGCCCUCCGGUUAGAGCUGUCCAAAUGUGUGCCAAAGCUAUCGAUCUUGAUCUGAAACUAAUAAAUGUGGAUCUGUUGGGCGGAGAACAUCUGACAGAGGAAUAUUUAAAGAAAAACCCCCAACACACUGUACCAUUACUAGACGAUGACGGUUUUCUGCUAGCCGAUAGCCAUGCUAUCAUGGUCUAUUUAGUAUCAAAAUACGCUAAAGACGACUCAUUAUAUCCAAAAGAUUUGAAAAAAAGAGCUAUUAUUGAUCACAGGCUUCAUUUUGAUUCGAGUUGUUUGUUCGCCAGAGGAGUUAAUAUCUCGAUGGGACUCAUCUUCUUCGGUGAUAAGUCAAUCGAUCCUAAGAAGCUACAAGGUGUCGAGGAAGCUUAUGGAAUCGUGGAAAAGUUCCUGGAGGAUAGUCCUUAUGUGGCAGGGGACAGUUUAUCGCUAGCUGAUAUUAGUUUCAUUACAACCAUCACCUCGUGGAAUGUGUCUAUUGCUCCGGUGAAUGCAGCCAAGUACCCAAAAAUUACAGCUUGGAUAAAAAAAAUGCAACAGCUGCCUUACUAUCAGGAAAUUAACCAACACCCGUUGAAUGUAUACGAGAAACUAGUGAAGAGCAAAUUAUCUAAAUAGGUUAAAGGGUUUUAAUCGAAUUAUUAUAUGUUUUAAUAUUAUAUUCAACGAAUAAAAAUUCCAAGUCUACAUAUUCAAGAAUUCAUAAUUGCUUCUCUUAAUAUUAGUAAAUAAAACUGUCAUUUUAAUCAUUUAUUAAUUAAGUACUUUAUAAGUACCUACUUAUU